AUGUCAGAUUUACAAGAUUUUGGAGCUUCUUGUCACAGAAGAACGAUCAGAUAUGCUGCCGUAAUCGUUGGAAUUCCUUUAAACCCCUCUGGUGGUGCUGAUUCGUGGUAUUGGGUUGCAGAGAAAAAUGGCUUCUAUUCAGUCCGAAGUGCUUAUAAUUUGCUUGAAAAAAAUUUGUGUAUUAAGAAGGUAUUGGUUGAGAAUACUUGUCCUUUGUGUGGUGUGUUUGCUGAGACGGAAAGGCAUAUCUUGGUGUUUUGUAAUUUUGCUUGGUCUUGUUGGGAGUAUGCUGGAUUGGCUGCUGUUAACAGAGACACUUCUUCUCUUGGGUUGUGGCUGGCUGAUAUGUUCAGGCUGUUGAAUGGCGAGUCCCAGGGAAGAGUUCGGUCUCGAAGUGUGAAGGAUGUGGUUACAUUUGCUAGUUCGAGUCUUGAUCAUUGGUUGAAAGCUCAAGGAAAGGGUAACAUUCCCUUGUUGUCUCCUCUCAAAGAUGAAGAUGGAUCGGAGCUAUGGAUAAAGCCGAGUGUAGGUAUCAAGCUCAACGUAGAUGCAGCCAUCUUCGACCUCUCUUCCAAGCAUGGCUUCGGGUGUGUUGUCCGAAACGCAAAUGGAGAUUUGGUUGCUGCUUUUGCUGGGGUUAAACAUGGCAAAGUGUCCCCUGAUCUGGCUGAAAUAAUGAGAAUAAGGGAGCCUUUGAGCUGGCUAAAAAAUCACGCCUACACCCAGGCCAUUGUCGAGACAGACAGCCUUGUAUGUGCUGAAGCCCUUCGUAAUGCAGAGGUCUUUGUUUCAUCGUUCGGUUUAGUGGUGGAAGAUUGCAAGAAGAUCCUUGAUAGUUUGAUUAAUGUUUCGUUAUUGUUUGUUAAGCGUUCUGCGAAUUGUGCUGCGCACUUUGUUGCCCGGCAUUCUAUUUCUUUAGCUGAACGUAUGUUUUCUAUUAAUAGUGUUCCUAUGGAGUUGAUGUCUAUUCUUACGAGCGAUUGCUCGAGUUAA